GAACCAAGCAGAGCAAACAUACAGACGACCAGACGGACUCUGACAAGGGUCACACAAGAAGCUUCUGGGAAUACUGAACAACACUUCUGAUCAAAAUGAUGCUCUUGUGUGUGGUCAUCUGGUUUCUUCUCUCUGAGGUGACUGGUCAGCCGUCAGUUAUCACAGUGUCGGGACAUGUUGGAGGAUCAGUGAAGAUCCAGUGUUAUCACCUGUUUGCUGACACCACCACAAAGUAUUUCUGCAGGGAUCCGUGUACAUAUCAGCACAUUUUGAUUCAGUCUGGUCAGUCACCUACUGGGAGAUACACACUGGAGGAUUCAGGGAAAGGAGUCUUCACUGUGACCAUCACUGACCUCCAGAAAUCAGACAGUGGAACUUACUGGUGUGGAGUGGAGAGAUCUCUGAAGGACACGUAUCACAAAGUGCUGCUCACAGUUGCAGACGCUCCUUCAACAGCAGAUCCUGCUAGAACAGUGAGAUCCAGUGAACCUACAGUUCUAACCGGCCCGAGGGAGAAAUCAGGGACUCCACUCUAUAUUGCUGCUGGGCUUAUUGUGAUUAUUGUAUUCAGCAUUGCUGCUGUAAUCUACACUAUUAGAGGACCAACAAGGCACUCAAAACAGCUUCAAAGUGAUCUUAUCUCAGCAAUGUCCUCCACUGCUAGUCUAGAAGAAGAAGAUCUACACUCACACGUCUGCUUUACUGUCAUCAACUGCUCUGCUGGCUUCACCUCAGAGACUCCCAACAACCAAGCUUUGGACAACCUGCUGUACUCCACAGAGAAAGGACUACUCGCACAUGUGAUCUACAGCUUAGACAGAUAAUCAUUCAUCUUUCACCACAGUGAAGAACUGCAAUAGAAGAGAAAUAAAAAAUAAACAUCAAGAACAUCCGCUAGCUCCAUUAUGAUUAAAAAAAUUCCCUUAAAAAAGGGAAAUAAUCAAAUUUGAAUUCCUGGAAAUGGUCAUUGUACUGUUUUAUUUUAGAAAUUGUUUAAACCACACACACACACACACACACCUAAGCUCCUUCCCCCUCAGGGUCACACGGGGUGCUGGAGCCUAUCCCAGUGGUCAUUGGGAGG